CUUCAAGCGCGGGAGCAUGUCACAAAACCCAGAACCCAGCAAGCGAAAAGCAGCCAAAAGUAACCAGGCAAAGCAAGCCAUAUCAUCAAUCUCAUUAGUCUAGCCUAGCUAGUCAUUUCACUUCCACCAACCAUGGGCUGGCUGAAUAGUUUAUUUCAAAAGGGCAGAUCGAAAGAUGACACAGCGGCCAUGACGAACAGUUUUUUCUUUGGUAGCUUCCAACCGAUUGAAUUCCACGUGAUUAACGAGUUGAACAAACCCAUCAAUAUCACAGUGUUCAAUGAAGAUCCCGUGGAGAUUGGACCUGAGGAAGAAGACGAAGAGGAAGAAGAAGAAGGCAGUGACCUUUUUAAUGGAUUCGAGCCGAUAUCCAUCCAAAAUGGCGUCCUACCAGGUCAAGAGUGGGCCUAUCGACGGACUUGCGCUUGCAUGGAUUGUCACAUUGGGACCAUCAAAGUGGAUUCGAUCGACGGUGGCAGGUCCUUUUACGUGGAUGGACAAAAGUGUCACGAUAAAGACCCCAGUUUGAGUGUCGUCAAGACGCUCAAUGAUGAAGAAACCGUCAACUUUGAUGUCAGUUUGCGGGGAUCCGCAUGGAAAGAAGAAGAAGACGAAGAGAUCAUGACGAUUGAAAUUCAACAAAAUGAAGAGACUGGCUUUGUCGUGGUCGAUUUAAUUCUAGAAUACAAAGCCAAGAAAAUGCUCAAGGGACAUUUGCCUUCGGAAGUAAGAUUCAGUCAACACACACUCGAAGCCAGUGUCGCCAUGCUCGAAUGCAAUUUCAGAUUCAAUGGAGCACAACCCUCCAAAGCCAGCCAACAUACCAUUGCCAGUGCCAAAAAGAGACUCUCCGAUUCCAGUAGUGCCAGACGAACUUCCGGGGUCUCCAUUGCCUCGGCGGCCAGAAAACGAUCCUCGGAUGCCAGCAUGAGUGUCAUGUCCUUUGCGGAAUCCGUGUGUAGUAAAGCCACUGUGGGCACUCAUGGAACCGUCACAUCCAUUAGUCAAUCUACCAGGAGUCGCAGGGGACGAAAAAAGAAACACAGCCGCAGAAGAAAAACGUCUCUCGGUCUCUUUCUCGAACAACAACAACAACAAGCACCCCCACCAAACGAUCGAACGCUGCAACAAGCCAUCAUGGACAAGUAUACCUAAUAAGGCGAGGGGAUUGCUGCUACUAUAAUAUAGUGCGGGAGCAGAGGGAGAGAUGGACGGCAGUCAACGUUCUUCAAAACAUAUUUUUUGAUGCAUCAUGAGUGGCCGACCGAAGCCGUCCCACCGUGAUAAACAAAAGCCAUAGCUACCUUGCGGUAGUGCGGCUGGUGACUGGACCGGGGAAGCACAGAUGAUAAUGGGUGCCCUGCUUUUUUGAAAAGAUUCAUAAUUGUAUUUUUUGAUGGAUCAACUAACUGUUCAAGGAACACUCAAUCAGCAGUCGAGAUACAAUUAGCUAGCUAGAAUACACAGUCCCCUCGAACCUAUGAGAAGAGUCUAAACCCUCUGCAAGUCAUCGUCCCCCGGAGAAUUUAAUUGUGGA